AGGUUAUAAUUUUGUUUUAUUAUUUUUUGUUCCUGUUUCUGGUUAUUGUUAAUUUUGAAUAUAUUAUAUCAUUCUUUUUUGUUGCAUCUUGAAUUUAAUUUUUUGUAUCAAAAUCAUCAUUAUGAGCAUGUACAGUAAUAUUUGCAGAACCUGCUUGAAAACAAAACCAAAAGAAAAAUGUACAAAAAUAUCACCAAAUGAAGAAAAUGAAGAAACAUCUUAUCUACUUGAGAUGAUAAGUUAUUCCAUACCUGAACUGGACAUGUUUGUUGUGGUUGAUCCAGUUAUAUGUGAAAAUUGCAUUGCUACAUUAGAAGUGUCUUUUAAAUUUAAAAUGGAGUGCCUUAAGAAUCAGGAAAGAUUGCUCAAGUUUUCAAAUAGGAAUAGUUCAAAAGUUGAUCUUCUUAGUAUUUAUAACAGAAUAAGAAAACCAGAUGAUCAUAUUAUAGAACAUAAUAAUAAUGAAUCCAUCACCAAAAAACCUCAAACUGUCCCAAAAAGAAAUUCACCUGAGAAAAAUAGAGCAUAUCCUUCUCUGAGUUGUCCAAAAUGUCAAGGGUGUGAUCUCAAAAUCUCAGAUGAUCCCAGCUCACAUUCAAAAAUGAACAUAGGACCUUUCAUCUGCUACAGUUGCAACAGAGAGUUUGAAGACAUAUCAAAACUGAGAAAACAUACCCUAGGUCAUGUGCGUCAGAGGAGAUGCAAGAUUUGCAGCAAGACAUUCAGAGAUUUGGACACUCUCAAAAGACACUUGAGAGUGCACACACGUAUCAACCCAUUCAAGUGUAAUAUAUGUCUCAAAGAGUUUCGCCAGAAACACAAUCUGACACAGCACAUACUGCAGCAUGUGCAGUCCAAAAAGUUGACUUGUGUCCAUUGCCAAAAAGUAUUCUCCACUAAAUACAAUUUGAAGGUUCAUAUGAAGAAUGCCCAUAGGCAGAAAGAGUUCUGUGACUUGUGUGGAGAGUCUUUUAGCACUAAAUCUGAAUUGGUGGAACAUCUACAUACUACAACAGAAAAAUGUGGAAAUGAAAUCAGAAUCAAGAAAGAGAUCAAACAAGAGCAUCAUUAUACUGACCAAGGUAUGGAUGAAGGAGAUAUCAAAGAUGACCCUGAAACAUUAAAUGACUUGAAUAUGGACCAAUCUAUCUCUGAUGAUCACCAUGUUGAAACUGAAGCUCAUACAGAUAUGGCAAAGGAAGAUAUAGAUUUGCUUCUCUCUGCAAGUUUCAUGGCAGAGGAAUCAAGCCAGUCGGAUGCAGAUAUAGAUAUUUUGAAUUGAUUUGAAGGUCUGUCUCUCAGUGAGAUCAGGAACAGAAUUUCUUUUUGGGAAUUUACAGUUUUCUGGCAAUGACAAUACUCUGUUUAUAUUUUUACCAAUGUUACCUAUAUAGUAGUUAUUCUCUAGGUUAUUGUUUUAAAAUCUAUAGUAUCAUUUAGCUGAAUAAUCUAUUGAAGUUAUGGUUUUCUGAUGUUGAAUGUAAUGUUUAUACUACAACUAUGAAGUUAUAUUAUAUAUUUUUGUAUGAUUAUAUAAUGAUGGACAUGGUUCCUACAUGAGAGAGAUUUUCAUUUUUCUACGAAUUGAUCAUGCAACCAUUUUCUUAAUUUUUUUGUACAUUGUUUUUUCAAAUAUCUUCGGAAGUAUUCCAAAUUUCUAAAAGUCGAGAUGGCAUUUUGAUCAGCAUCAAAUUGCGAAACUGCCCUAAAUCAACGGACUUGUAUCUGGUAUGGUUAGCGGGAGCCCAAUGAUACCCCUCGAAUUUGAGACACCCUGUACAAUGAAAUUGUGGCUAAGAAAUGAUAGUAACAUCAUCUAGUUUCUGAGCAGUUUCCUAUCCAAUGAUUUUUUAAAUAAUGCGAACGAGGUAUCUCGAAAGUUUGCUCUAUGGGAUUCAGGUCGGGGCUUCUGGCCGGCUAAAUGAGAUAUUUUUUUUUAAUGUGAUGGGGUAAGUUGAGUUUCUGGUGUAAUAUCAAAAUCAAUAAAAUUAUUCUUUAUUUAUAAAAGUAUUUCAAAGAAAGAAAUCAGAGACAAAAUACAUGGUACAGUAAUAGAAGAUGAGAAUUCUAAUAAAAGAAAAUAUAAGACAGAUAUUGUAUAACAGUGUAAGAUCAAAUAAGCCUAAAAAGUAAAUGAAAUAAACAGUCCUUGAACCUACCUAUAUCAAUUAUUAUACAAACAAUGACGAUCCUGAGAGGACAAACUCAAAAAUUCUAUGUUGGCUUAUUAUGAUUCUUUGCAUGAAUUACCGGUAAUCCUAACUUGAUUGUAAAUGCUAUAAAAUGUGUGACAAGGCUUUAAUAUAUUGAGUUCAUUUCAUUUUUUGUUUCUUUUCUUUUUUGAAUUGACUCGGCCGUUACUUGAUGGAAAUUCAUAGUGAGUGUAAAAAACUUCACAGAUGAUCAAGAUUUUCACAAAAUUCUAAACCACAUGUUGCUUCGGUAACACAGUAGCUCCUUCCAGUGAAAUACCCCUACAAUAAACUAAACUUAGAUUGAAUUGCCUAACUUCACAUCCUACUUUCUGAACCGAAAGGAUUACAAUUACCUGUGGGAAGGUUGGCUAAGCCCUUUCCAGUUAAUCCAGUAGGUAUUACACCGAAUUUUAAUGUAGGUUAUUGGCUUAGCCAACCAUUCCAAAAGUAAUUUUAAUCCUUUAAGUUCGGGAUGUGGGAUAUAUAAAAGUUAGACAAGUUAAUAUAAGUAUAGUUACCGUAGAAUGGGGUUAAUACAAACAAUUUUCUACUUUUCACAGUGUGUUGCUGUUGAUAUUCACAUUUUUCAUGAAGGAAAAUUAGGAAAAUGUCUAUCAUGGUUAUUAGAAGAGAAGGAAAUAUUUAUUUAUUUAUUUCAGUUAUUGCAUUACAUUCUCUUCUUCACAGAUUUUCUUCAAAAGAAUUGAAUGUGGUGAUUUUCUUUCCCCCCUUGUGAAUAGAAACAGUGAUUGUUUUAGCACGUUAUUCGCUUGUGAAACAUCUGAGAGGUGAAUGGAAACAAGUUUAUUGAAUAAUAAAAUUUGUGGACAGCUCAAAAUAUGAUAAAAAAAAAUACCAUAAAAAUGGGACGAAUAGAAACAGCAGGUCAAUUGAAACAGCAAGCAAAUACACACAAAAAAGAGAUGUUAGUUGUAUUUUUAUCUGAAAAACACGAAUUUGAUAAUGAAAAUGUGAACAAACCAUAAUUUAUCAAGAUAUUUCACUAUAAAGUUACAAAUGUCACCUUCUUUUCUGCCUGUCUUCGAGAUCGCAUUCAGAAUUAUAAUAUGCCCUACUCUUUUCAUCAUUGGACAACUUAUAUAUAUAUUACAAUGUACUAGACAUUUUUUUCUAUUAUAUGAGUCAGCUAGAAAUAUGAUUUUCUUGUGAUUUAUCCAUAUUUAGUGAAAAGAAGAAAGAAUAUCAUUUAAAAUAAUGGCAUUCAAAAGCAAUCUGUUGACAUUCGACAUCUCGUAUUUGGAUUGACUAUUGAUUAAAUGGCCGUCAUCUGGCAUGCUUGUUCACUAAAUAUGAAAAACUCGCCAUAAAAAUCAUAUUUCCUGUUGAAAAAUGUGAAAUUGAAGUACAUCAUGAGUAUACAGGGUGUUUCAUAAUUGAAUGUCAAUAUUCGAGGAGGCGAUUCUUGGGCUCAUUCUAAGAAGAAAGUUUCAUAUGAACGUAUGACCUAAACGUCCCAACUUUGGAGAUACAGGGUGGUAAAAUUCUCGAAAAUUAAUAUAGCCUACUACAAUGAGAAGUUAUAAUUCGAAAAUACCAAAUACGAAUACAAAGUUCAUGAACUAUGAAUUGUAUUUCUGAAAUUUGAUCUUAAAAAUAAAAACUAUUUCUCUGCAUUGUGAUAUUAUCAUAUUAACAAUAUUACUAUAAUCAUGUAGUGAAAAGCUUUUUAUUUUUAAGCGAAAACCGUGCAUCAGAUUGAAAAAAUUGUAGUGAUCAAAUUUGCUUAGAAAUGAUCGGGAAUUUCAGGAAUGAUUUCAAUUUGGAGAUUAAUCAGUGGCGUACCAUCAAUGUCUGCCAAAAUAGGUAUGUGAAAUUCCAUACGAACGCCACUGGUGGCAACAACAAAAAAUGUGGUACGCUAACUGAUGCCUCUUGAUACAUAGUACAUGUAUGCCAAAUUUCAUCAGAAUAUCUGAAGUGGUAUUACAGAUAUUAAUAAAAAACUAUUAAUUUUUGAGAACUUCACCACCCUGUAUCUCAAAAGUUAGGAUGUUUAGGUCAUACGUUCAUAUGAAACUUUCUUCUUAGAAUGGGCCCAAGAAUUGCGUCCCCAAAUAUUGACAUUCAAUUAUGAAACACCCUGUAUAAAGUGUCCAAUGACAAAAUAAGAAGAGCAAGUGGCUGUAAAUGCAUCCAACACAAGGGGAAAAAGAAGACGAAAUUUCGAACUUUUUCUCGAAAUAUCUCGAUAAAUAGUGGUUUCUUCUUUCAUUAUCAAAUUCGUGUUUUUCAGCCAAAAAUACGUAAGUACUGAAAAAAAUUUCGAAAAAAAACCAUCGCAUGAUAAAUGCAGUUUUACUCAGUUAAUUCAGCAAUGCACAGGUGUCACGAUCAUAUGUUCUACUAAAAUAACGGAAAAACAGUGUUGCCAAUGGAAAAUCAGUCAAAUUCGAUGAAUUUAUGUUGUCACAUAAUAUGCAAUAUGCGUAAACAAGAUAGGAUUUGAAGUUUCUAAAAUUCAAUUAAAAAAAUUUGUGAUUUUUCUCAACAAAUGCUCCAUACUUGUUUCUAUUCGCCCGCAAGUUUUUAUUCAUCAGCGCGGCUCUGAAUAACAAUUGAUUCAUCAUACGAUUUUGAAGUUCCGACGGAUACAAAAACUGCAUCCGGUUCUCUCGGGAGUGACCUCAACUUUUGAUUUUUAUAUGGAACACAUUUGAGUUUCGCAUACAUACAGUAGCAUAUCAUUCUUGAGUUGAAAUUGACAUUUUUAUUUGGCUAUCUGGUUUUGUUUUCGUGUUACUUUCGAAAAAUCAUGUAAUUGAGAAACUUAUUGCAAUCAAAACUGUCUUAAAAUAGUAUACUUUGAAUUUUUCUCCCUGUAGACGGUGGCGCACCUCUUCAACAUCUCCGCUACACAAACUUACUGCUGUCUCCCUGUAUAUGUGACUCACGUCUUUCAUUCUUUUGAAUGUCACCAUAUCAGUUAUUUGUGAAGACUUUCACCGCAAACAGAAUCUAUUCCUGAUACUUGUGACGAAUUUUGUCAGUUGCUCAUCGUUUCUCAGUAGCAACAUCAAGCAUUGUGCGUCAUAGUGUAUAUUCCUUAAUUCCAUCUUAUUUACCUAGAAAUUAUCUUUUAUACAUGUAUCACCAAGUGAAAUCGACCGAUCAGGCUAUUAGCAUUUUUACCAACAGCCUUCUAAAACUCCUGAGCCGUUCUGAAGAAACUUGGCAACAAUGUCGAUGGGUCCUACAACUGACGACAGUGGAACUUCAAAAAGAAUAUACGAUCGGCGCAAAAAUAUUGAAUGAAUCAACACACAGGAUCGAUCCUGUACGUAACAAAUCAAUUUAAAACUUAUUCUUUGUACAAACAAUAGUCACUCGAAAAUCGUUCAACACCCGAAACACUGCGGCCUGUUGACCAAGUUCAGCGCCUCGAUCUGCUUGAAAUCGGGCGGCAUGACGAGCUUCUCGACGAAAUCAGAGUAGGACUUCCUGAAGGCGCCGGUCCGGCACUUUUCGCAUACCUCCCUGUAGACGGUGGCGCACCUCUUCGACAUCUCCGCCACGCACACCUUCUGCUGGUCGGUGUCGACGGGGAAGAAGGCCAUCCUGUCGCUGAUCGAUUGCAGCGCCAUCUGGAUCCUCAGCACGUCUUCGUCUUUGAAUGAGAUG